AUGACGAACAGUUUUGCAACCCCAAGCGAGACAUUGCGCCCACCGGAGAUAGGCCAUGGGGGCUAUCAAGGCUUCAAUCCACGAUCUGAGGUUUUGCGCAAGGGAGAAAAGCCUUUCGGAGCGCGGGCCUUACCAUGCGAUAUCCUGGUCGCGCACGAUGUCUCGAUCACAAUGAGAGACGGCAUCAGGCUCUACGCUGAUAUUUACCGACCGUCAAAAGAGGCAGAAGAUGGAUACGAUGCUAUAGAGGAUUUGGCCACACGGGAGUGGUGUAAUGGGAGCAUAGGCAUGGCAGGCAACUCCCAUUUGGCUAUUGUUCAGUGGUUUAAGCGAUUGCACCCUGGGAGGGGUGUGGUGACCUGUACCUGGAAUAAUUUUAUGCAUGGAAUGGGAGCUAUCAGGGGCUGGAUGGAAAUAACGCAGACUAACAAAAAGUGGCUGCGUUUCCAUGCUUAUCAGGAGUGGUACGUCCUAUGGGGUAACCGGCAAGCACAGAAUGCACUACUUCUAUUCUUCGAUUAUUAUCUCAAGCAUAAGAACAACGAUUGGGAAGCGACACCGCGUGUCCGAAUGGCUGUCCUCAGAUAUGAAACCACACCUCCACUGAAAGAUUUAAUCGAAAAUGAAAUCGCCAUUCCUCGGACAACGUACAAAAAGGCCUAUCUAAGCCAUGGGCAAAAGUUAUCAGUCGAUAAUUGUGUCUUGCCGAUCAUCAGUGGCGUAGCUGUGCUUCAUCCUGAACUUCCUUAA